CUCACUGUCAGAUCCACAGCUGGUCUCAGGAGCUCUGAUAGAUGUGGCCAAACACCUGGGCAACCUGUCCUUCAGAGUCUGGGAGAAGAUGAAGGACAAGGUCCACUUCAGUCCUGUCAUUCUGGACCCAAACACUGCUGAUGUAUCGCUGCAUCUGUCUGAUGAUCUAACCAGUGUGAGAAGAGGAGACACAGAGCAGCAGCUUCCUAAUAAUCCAGAGAGAAACACUAGAUACAAAAAUGUUUUUGGUUCUGAGGGCUUCAGCUCAGGGAAACACAGCUGGGAGGUGGAGGUUGGAGAUCAUCCUAGAUGGACUGUUGGUUUGGUUAAAGAGUCUGUUGACAGGAAGGGAAAGAGAAAGGCUUCACCAGAAUAUGGAAUCUGGUGUUUGUGGCAUUGUGAUGGAAAAUACACUAAUGGUUUUAGUCAGAUUCUCAAAGUGAAUAAGAGUCUCCAGAGGAUCAGAGUCCAGCUGGACUAUGACAGGGGGGAGGUGUCCUUCUACGACCCUGAAGACAUGUCUAACAUCUACACUCACAGAGACACUUUCACUGAGAAACUCUUUCCUUAUUUCUAUGUUGGAAAAUCUACUGAUGCUGAAACAUCUGACAUCAAAAUCUGUUAA